AUGAUUGAAACACUAUUGCUUUGCUUUAUCCAUGGUUUUAAGGGAGAUGAAGAAACAUUUUUUGAGUUUCCCCAGGUACGAAUACUCCACAAUCAAUCUGGAUUUCGUUUUACUUGGGAACUCUACUUAAGAAAAGGUCUAACAGCAAUUCACGUUUAGGAUCUGAAGACUGAGAUAUCAAAUCAAUCCCCAGAUUUGAAAGUUCAUACUGAUGUCUAUCCAAAGUACGAAACCCGAGGGGAUCUGGCCUCAUGUUCAGAAACGUUCCGAGAAUGGCUCCAAGACCAAGUUACAGAUCUAGAAACGAGUGCCGCGACACCUAGUGCGAUUAUGAAUCCAAGUGUUGGUGUUGUACUGGUUGCGCAUAGCAUGGGGUGGGUGCUUUCCCCUACCAUAAAGAUGCAAAAAAAUCUGAUUGACAUUGUCUCCAGAGGAUUCGUAGCCACGGAUGCUCUAUUUAGCAUCCUUUCCAAUUGUCCAAAGAUACAAGGAAAAGAAUGUAUGUUUCCACUUAUCACAGGAAUUCUGACAUACGAUACUCCUUAUAAUGGACUUGCACGGUCCAUGUUCGCCUACGGUGCAUUUUCACAAUACCAAAAUGUUUCUGCACUGUAUAAUAUCUGGUCUUCCUUAUCUGGUGGUCUUGGCUUAGCUUCUGCGUCCUCGGCAGCGAGCAGUAUUGCGCGAGCUAAAGCGCAAAAUGUCCCAGGAAACAAAGAAAUGAAAAAAGCUGUAAGAACUGUGGGUGGAGUCCCAGCAAGUAGCUGGAGAAGAUGGGGACUUUUGGCUGCAAGGACGGGAACUUUGGGCGCAGUCCUCGCGGGUGGUGUUACUGCUUAUGUGUGAGUGUUCUCUCGCCUUCGGUUCACAAUAACUUACAUGACUGACUUUUGAUAAUGAAGUCACCGCGAAGCCAUCGGAGAGAGUAUUUCAAAAAUCGACCUCAAAGGAAUCGAUUACGAUCCUAGAAGUUACUUGAAGCGAGAAAACAUUCCUAGCAUGAGCCUUCCGCGAACCAUGCCUAGUUUACCGAAGGGUAUGAGCGCACCAAAUCUAGGAACGCUAGGUGGGCUCUCUGGGGUUUCUAGAGAAAGUAUUGGAGAAGGAUUCGCUUGGAUGGCCGGACAUCUCAAAUUUGUCGGAGCUUUAAUGAAACAGACUCAAAUGAACGCCAGACUUGAACAUUUAUCACAACUCCAAGGUAUGGGUAGAUGUAAUAUCUUUACAUGCCUGAGCGAGAACGGAGUCUGGACCGGAGGAUAUUUUGUUCCGCGACGGCGAUUUUGCGCUGUUCCAAUUAAGUUCGAUCCGGAAUUGAAUAAAGAAGGCGAAAAGAAAGAUGAAGAAAGCAAGGGUUGGUGGGUAGAGAACGUGAAUUCAAAGGCUGAAAAUGAGAUUGCUGGUCACUGUAGUAUGUUUCAACGAGAUCGAAAUGAUGGUUACGAAGCGCUGCUCGAGACUUCUGGAAAGAAGAUCGUGGGCUGGGUCCUAGGUGUGGAUUUGAGAGAAGUUAUCGAUAUGUAUGUACCGGAUGAAUUGAGAGCAGCAAAGAGUCAUGAAGAAGGGCAGGUAUGCAGUCAUCUCCUUUGAGCCUCCUUUUGAAUUGCUGUUCUCGGUGGUUGGAAUAUGUCUAUUGACUUGCAAAGGAAUGAAGCAGAAAUAGACUUUCGCUAACCUGUUACAAGUGGGUAGAUGACGAUGGAAAGGUCAAGGAGAUAGACACCGAAGGCAAAAAGUCGGUUGCUGACGCAGUAGGAGCAAAGAGGAAAUCGAGUGUGGUGUUGGGUGUAGAGGAAACGAAUAAAGAACAACAGCAAAAACUCGAACUUGUGGACGAACAAAGCCAGGAGCAGGAAGAGGAUGAACAGCAACUGAAAGCUAUAAUUUCAUGCCAAGGACUUCCACAACCGGAAGAUGGUGGUAUCAGUGAGGAGGUCCUACAACAAGCGAUGGAUAUCCCUCUUCCUGGCGAGGAGGAAGAGGUUUUGAAAGCGGCGGCGAAUGUGCCCUUGCCACUUGAGGGGGACGAUGAAAAGGCACGUCCUGGUAUUUUUCGUAGGAUAUUCUUGAAGAGUUAAUAGGCCAAGUGGAUGGUAUUUUGGGAAUUUAUAACGGGUCGUGCCUAGAUUCUUACCCUUAAUCUAAGUAAUAUUAUUGUUAUUCCUUAAUUCGAAUAACUUACGUUAACUGAUAUAAGUUAAAUAUAAUAUAUUAAUUUUUAGCCUCUUUUCUUUAAAUAUAUCCCUAGUUUAAGAAAUAUUCGACUACAAGUAAUCUCCCUCACUAAUGUAGAUCAAACGUUAGCUUUGUACUAGCCCUCGUAUAAAGGCUUUUAG